CCAAGAUACAUAAUUAGGGAUGAAUAAUUACUUACAAUGAUUUUGGCGGCCAUCAUAAAUGAAAUUCAGAUAACACUUGAUAAUCCGUGGGCUGCAUGCGGCCCUGACUUUAUCCUCGGUCCGGACUGCUGUGUGGCAAUAUCCUGGGUCCGGACUGCUGUGUGGCAAUAUCCUGGGUCCGGACUGCUGUGUGGAGGCGGGUGGCGGGAAGGAGUCACAGGAGAGUACUCAAGGGAAAUAACAAAAGACCUGUGAUAAGAAAAGCUUCAAGAAGACAGCGAUAAACUAACUACUCACUGGGAUCCACUUCGUCACAAGUAGAUAACUAAAUACCAGACGGCGGAAAGGAGACGCACAGCAGCUCUUCGUACUAUCAAUAACCAUUAUUUACACUCACUCAAAGAAAGAACAGUUUAAACCACACUGGUAUGGCGGCAGUUUCCUUAUACCCACGAACCAUUACACAACGGGUGGAUUUCGUUGAUCCGGCGGACUUGUCACGUCACUGCAGUAGGCUUAGGGCUGCUGUAGCUACAUGACACUGGAGACACCACUGGCACAGGCGAAGCGGGUGAGGAAGGCAGGAAGGAAGGAGCCCAGCGGUACCUCGUUUCCUAGGCAGCCCAGCCCAGUAGCCCGCCAGCCACGCUCAGUUCAAGUCGUGUGGUGGUGUUGGCGGCUGUGAGAGUGUUGAGGGAGAGGGAGGGAGAGGCGGCGUGGCACAGGAGGGAGAGGAAGGGUCGGUCUGCCGCCGCUGCUCACACCACCACAACCAUGCCUCCGGCCGCCACACGUCUCCUGGUGGCGGCGCUGCUGGCGAUGACUCUAACACACGCUGUGACUCAGGAUGACGGGGAAUGGACGUUCGGGGAUGAGAAGGAGGCGGAAACCUGGAAAUCCUCCCAACCCUUGACGGCGCCCCUGGAGGAGUUGGAGCGGCCCCUGGCGAGGUCACGGCGGCAGCUCUGGGGGAAUUGGUUUGACAGUGACGACGAAGAUAUGGCGGAGGAGUUGAGGGAGGAAGGGUCUGGAGUGGCGCCUAACUGCGGAGACGAUCAGUUCGAGUGCGAUGGCGUCCGCUGCAUCCCGACGAGCCUAGUGUGUGACGGGACCCCAGACUGUGUUAGCGGCGACGACGAGAAGAACUGCAUUGUAGCUACCAUCCCAACCACCACCACCACCACAACCACCACCACCACUACCACCACCACUCCGGAAGUCAGGGGUCCCAUAUGCCUCAAUAACAGACAACCCAAGCUGUGUAGGGACAAGAAAACUCUGGCUUGUUUCUGUGACGGCGUAAGGGAGUGCCGCAGAGGGGAAGACGAGGCCGACUGUCCCAAGAAGUGCAGGAGGAAUCAGUGGGGGUGUCGGGACGGAGGCUGCAUACGAAGGUCCAAACGAUGCGACGCCCGAAGAGACUGUGAUGACGCCUCGGACGAAGUCGGUUGCCGCAUAAAACCCCGUUGCAAGCGUAAUGAGUUCACCUGUGAUGACGGCCUUUGUAUAUCUGCCUCGUGUCGCUGUGAUGGCCUCCCAAACUGUUACGACGGAUCGGACGAGAAGAACUGCCCUAAAGUCUGCCUGCCCUGGGAGUUUCAGUGUGUGGGAGACGGGUCUUGUAUCAGCGGGCACUGUCGAUGUAAUGGCCAUUGCGACUGCCCAGACGGCUCAGACGAACGGGGGUGCCCCAAUCCAGCUUGCAGCCCGUGGGAGUGGCAGUGUAAGGGCGACGGGUCUUGCAUCAACGCCCAGUGUCGCUGCAACGGGUAUUGGGACUGUGCCGACGGCUCUGACGAACAAGGAUGUGGCAGGCCAGUCUGCCGGCCCGAGGAGUUUCAGUGCGGCGACGGUUCCUGCAUCGAUGGAGGGUGUCGCUGCAACAACUUCUGGGACUGUGCAGACGGCUCAGACGAACGAGGGUGUGCUAAAGCAGUUUGUCAGCCCGGGGAGUGGCAGUGUAAGGGCGACAAGUCCUGCAUCAACGCCCAGUGCCUCUGCAACGGGUAUUGGGACUGCGCCGACGGGUCAGACGAACGCGGCUGUGUCAUCAUAGAGUGUCGGGCCGGCUUAUGGCAGUGCGCUGACCUGUUCUGCAUCCCCGAGUCUUAUCGCUGUGACGGCGUGUUUCACUGCAUGGACCACUCAGACGAGGCGAACUGUCGGCGAAGGUGAAGGUAAAGGUCAGUUUAGUUAGAAUCACAGGUGUCGGUAUAGUGAAACCAGGUUGCUGAGGCCGUUUUUGCGUCACCUAUAUCUUCCUCUCAUAUGCUAGCUAUAGGUAACGUGUGAGAGGGAGGGAAAUAGGUGUGGAGACUGCGUGGUGUGGCAAGGCGGGCGGGCGGUGGGUUGGGAAAGACGCACUGAAGCCAACACCAAAACGAACCCGUCAAUCUGGUUUCACGAUGGCCCUGUCUCUCUCUGUGUCCCUCUGUGUCUUGUCUCUCCGUCGUGGUGUUGCUGUUUGUGUGUGUGUGUGUGUGCGUGUGUUUGGUCUGUCGUGUUUUUUUCUUUGUCUUCAUCUUUGGUUUUGUUUGUCUGUGUCUGUUUUCGUUCUGUGCUCUCUGGUUUGAGUCUGUGUCUUUCUACGUUUGUCUGUGGAGUCUGGUCAAUGUUAGUGUGUCUGUUUCUUUGUCUGUUCCCACCAUGGAGGUAUUAUGGAAGGAGCCGCUAUGACGUCACGAACGCGAAGCCAACGCGCUAUUGGUCCGCUGUCUCCCACCCCCUUUAGACUCAAAACAUCUAUCAGCUGAUCCAGUGGACGCAUUGAAAGUGCAUACAAUGCUUGCCUUUUCUGAGUGUAGGUAGGAACAACCCCUCACAUGACUAUUGCUUAAAUGACAUUCUCAUAAGCAGGUCUGGGUGCGAGAAGGAUUUAGGGGUCUUUGUGAGCUCUGAUCACAAUGCGUUCAUGCUAGAAAUCGAGCAAAUAGGGUACUGGGAUUUAUUUCAAGGAGCGUAAGCAACAGAAGCGCCGAAAUCUUCCUCAAACUAUAUUUAGCAUUAGUUAGACCCAUCUUGACUAUGCGGUUCAUGUUAGAAUCGGUGUAGAGGAGGAUGACUAAGAUGAUUCAGGGGUUGAGAAACUUGCCAUACGAGGAAAGACUCAAACAGUUAAACUUGCAUUCUCUAGAAAGGCGGAGGGUGCGUGGAGACAUGAUCGAGGUUUAUAAAUGGAUGAAGGCUUUAAUAAGAGGGAUAUUCAUAAGGUUUUGUUGGUAAGAGAACCGGGUAGGACACGAAGUAAUGGGUUUAAAUUGGAUAAAUUCAGAUUCAACAGGGACAUAGGCAAAAAUUGGUUUACUAACAGAGUGGUGGAUGAGUGGAAUAAGCUUAGCAGUCAUGUGGUGAGUGCCAAUACAAUUGUCACUUUCAAAAAUAGAUUAGAGAAAUUCAUGGACAGCGAUAUUAGGUGGGAUUAGAUAUACACGGGAGCUAAGGGUCAAAGGAGCUGCCUCGUACAGGCCUAUCGGCCUCUUGCAGACUCCUACGUUCUUAUGUUCUUAUGUUCAUAUGGCUGUACGAAAAGGGAGCGUAGUGGUUCUACAUCAUUUCACAGGUGAGUUGAGAACUGUAUAACCAGAUAGGGCUACAUAUGAUAGAAAUCUUCAGUUUUGUUGUAGACUGACAUUGAGGUUACCAGGCGGCUGCCAGGGUACCUGUCCUCGACCCGGGCUGAGCUGUAUGCCAUACUUGAGGCUCUCCACACUGUAGCAGCUUUCCGCAAAGAUGUAUACUUGUUUGUCGAUAGCCAGGCUGCAUUACAUGAACUUGUGUCCUCCUCCCCUACAGACUGUGAUCUUAAUUGUGAUUAAGUGCCUGACUGCCCUCCGUGCCCUUGAGGCCGCAGGUGCCACGGUCCACUUCACCUGGGUGCCCUCCCAUGUGGGCAUCCAGCACAAUGAAAAGGCAGACUGCCUUGCUCGACGUGCCCUUCAGGAUGACACAGUGGACCCUGGCACUGACUAUACGCUUAGCUAUGUUAAGAAUAGAAUUAGGGAUUAUUUCCAUAAUAGCAUUGCUACCCAACUCAGACACUGCUGUGACAAUGGCAGCACCAGCAGCCUCCAUUAUGCAAGUGUCUCCCACCACUGUUUAUCCCUAUGGGCGACACAGUGCACCUCAGGAUGUGGUAGCAAUGCGCCUUAGGCUAGGCUAUAGGUACUACUGCAGGUUAGUAACUCCCCUGUGUCUGCUGCACGCUGUGUGCCAGGCCGAGGGGCCACACACUGCAACACUAUGUCAUGGAAUGCCGGGGCCCUUUCAUUGCUUUUUUUAAGCCACGGGACUGCCUUGACCUUAAAUGCCGUUGAUAAUAGAUCUACAUUAAAUAUAUAGGAAAAUAUUAUGUACUUUUCGUGACUCAAACCAUCAAUUCUUUUUUUUAUUUUUCGUCUAGUAUGCAAAAACAAGUGGUAAAUUCCCUUAGUUCAGCCCAGGAGAUCGCAAUGUCUUGGGUCUAUCUGCCGAUUGUAAGCUCCGCCCACAGACUCGGUAAGCUCCGCCCACUGGCUUCACUCGCCUGUAUGGGGACGGCGCGGGAAGGCGCCUCCUGUUAUAAUACCUCCAUGGUUCCCUCUGUUAAGUGUUGUCUGUGUCUUAGUACGUUUGUCUGUGGAGUUUGUUUCUGUUAGUCUGGCUGUAUCUCACUCUGUCCCUCUCUUUAUAUCUGGUUUUGUCUGCGUCUUUCCAUGUCUUUCCUUUCCCAUGAGAAAUUGUAAACUAGAACUAUGUAUUUAUCUCUCUCUGUGUAUUUAAUAGUGUCUUUAUUUUAUCUGUUCG